CUCAAUCGCUUCAGAUAAUUGAGAUUAUUCAAGCAGUUGUUGUACCGACGAAUAGUGUAGUAUAUGUUUCACCAUGGUUCAGUUCAGUGUGGACUUACCAGAUAUUGAAAAUCUGUUAGCGUUGAAUCCGAGGGUGGCAACGCAUUCAACCUUACAACCCUCAGCUGUGACGAAGAGAAAUAAGGAGCACUGGAAAAGAAAUAAGGAUAAGAAGUGCAAUAGUUGCGUUUCGCACUUUGAGAAUAAUUUUGAUGACAUCAAACCGACGACAUUGAGUGAGCGUGGCGCGCUGAAGGAGGCGGCAAGAUGUUUAAAGUGCGCGGACGCACCGUGCCAAAAGUCCUGUCCUACGCAACUUGACAUUAAAUCGUUUAUCACGAGUAUAGCUAACAAAAAUUACUAUGGUGCGGCCAAGGCAAUCUUUUCCGACAACCCCCUGGGAAUCACCUGCGGUAUGGUCUGCCCGACCAGCGAUUUAUGCGUGGGCGGUUGCAAUUUGUACGCAACGGAAGAGGGUCCCAUAAAUAUCGGCGGUCUUCAGCAAUUCGCGACCGAGAUGUUCAGUAAAAUGAUGGUCAAGCAGAUAAGGGACCCGAAAACGCCAAGACCGAAGCAUCCGGAUAGCAAGAUCGUGCUGUUCGGUGCCGGACCGGCGUCCUUGUCGUGCGCUACGUUCCUGGGCCGGCUUGGGUAUGAUGAUAUAACGAUUUACGAGAAGGAAGACUACUUGGGUGGCUUGAGUACGUCCGAAAUUCCGCAGUAUCGGCUUCCGUUGUCGGUUGUCAAUUUUGAGAUUAGAUUGGUUGAAGAUUUGGGGGUGAAAAUUGUGAGGGGGCGGUCGCUGUCGACCGAUGAUUUGACGGUGCAGCGCGUCCUAGAUGAUGGGGCUAAAGCAGUUUUCGUUGGUAUCGGCUUACCGCAGUCGAAACCGAUGGGGUUAUUCGAAGGGUUGACGGCCCAAAUGGGAUUUUACACUUCCAAAUCGUUUUUACCGGACGUGGCUCGCGCGAGCAAACCGGGGAUGUGCGCUUGCAAGGCGACCUCGGGCACGUUGCCUCGGUUGCAUGGUAAUGUAAUUGUGCUAGGUGCUGGUGAUACCGCCUUUGAUUGUGCCACAUCCGCGUUGCGUUGCGGUGCUAAGAAGGUCUUCGUGGUGUUCAGAAGGGGCUUUAGUAACAUUCGCGCCGUUCCCGAGGAGGUAUCAUUGGCUAUAGAGGAGAAUUGUGAGCUGAUCGGAUUUUUAUCACCGCACAAGGUGAACGUUAAAGGAGGAAGGAUAAGCUCGCUCACAUUUAAACGCACGGAACAAACAGACGAAGGAAAAUGGGUUGAGGACGACGAACAGUUAACCACCCUCAAAGCAAACUUCGUGAUAUCCGCCUUCGGUUCCAGCUUGUUCGACGAGAAGAUCAUUAACGCGUUACUCCCGCUGAGCUUGACCGAAAGCAACCUCCCCACUGUAGAUUUAACCACAAUGCAAAGCUCGCACCCUUUAGUUUGGUGCGGAGGAGAUUUGGGCGGUGUCGCCGAAACCACCGUCGAAUCUGUGAACGAUGGCAAAACCGCCGCUUGGUACAUGCAUUGCGCCUUAGAGGGGCUUCCGGUAACCACAAAACCGGCACUUCCACUGUUCUACACGGAGAUCGACAACGUGGACAUUUCAGUCGAGUGCUUGGGGCUCAAGUUUGAAAACCCAUUCGGCUUGGCUUCGGCGCCUCCUGCGACUAGUUCCGCCAUGAUCCGUCGCGCAUUCGAGCAGGGCUGGGGUUUCUCCGUAACCAAAACGUUUUCGCUCGAUCAAGACCUGGUGACGAACGUAUCGCCUAGGAUCGUACGCGGUAUUACUUCCGGCGCUAAUUACGGCCCCCAGCAGGGAUCCUUCUUGAACAUUGAGCUAAUUUCGGAGAAGGAGGCGAUGUACUGGUGCAAAAGCAUCUCCGAGCUGAAGCGCGACUUCCCUACGAAGAUCGUUAUUGCCAGCUUGAUGUGUCCUCACAAUGAAAGUGACUGGGUGAAAUUAUCACUCAUGGCCGAGAUGGCGAACGCGGAUGCGUUGGAAUUAAACUUGUCCUGUCCACAUGGGAUGGGGGAAUCCGGAAUGGGGUUGGCGUGUGGAAGGGAUCCUGACAAAGUUAGAGAUAUUGCACGGUGGGUCACAAACACCGUGUCGAUUCCGGUAUUUGUAAAACUAACCCCAAAUAUCACUGACAUUGCCGAACUCGCUACUGCUGCAUAUGAGGGUGGCGCUAGUGGUGCCUCGGUCAUAAAUACAGUCUCUGGAUUGAUGGGUGUCAAAGGCGAUGCGACGGCUUGGCCUUCGGUCGGAUUCGAAAAAAGAACCACGUACGGAGGUGUAAGUGGCAACGCCAUAAGACCCAUCGCGUUAAAAGCGGUAUCGAGCAUAGCACGCGCGCUUCCAGGAUUUCCAAUACUAGGCAUGGGAGGGAUAGAUUCGGCAGAUGCCGCCAUGCAAUUCAUACAGUGUGGAGCAUUCGCAGUUCAAGUGGGAAGCGCGGUGCAGAACCAAGACUUUACUCUCAUUAAUGACUAUUGCACCGGUUUAAAAACGUUGUUAUACUUAGAGAACAAAUUCCCGAAAUGGGACGGGCAGAGCCCUCCAACUUCUAAGCACCAGCUGGGGAAGCCGGUGGUUACCAUUUACGGGAAAGACAACAAGGUUUACCUAACAAAGUUGUUGGUCGCAUACUCAUCCCCAUUUCAGGUACUCCCACAUUUUGGACCUUAUCGUCGCGAACGCGAGGAGAAACUGAAGGAGUUAAGAACCGCACCGAAGGAGAACGGCGAAGUGAUUAGUAAUGGUGACCACGAAGCUAACCUUGUCAAAAACGGCGAGGUGGUUAAACUUAAAGAUGUAACGGGACGCGCAGUACCACGUAUUGGCACUUACAAACAGUUAGACUUGCAAAUGCAGGUUGUUGCUCUCAUUGACGAUGACAUGUGCAUCAACUGCGGAAAGUGCUACAUGGCUUGCAAUGACUCAGGGUACCAAGCUAUAGAAUUCGACCCAGAAACUCACGUACCCCACGUGAAUCAGGAUUGCACCGGUUGCAAUAUGUGUUUGUCUGUCUGUCCCAUUAUCGAUUGCAUUCAAAUGGUGCCAAAAACGAUUCCGCAUUUAAUUAAGAGAGGCGUAUCCAAACAGACGUUAUCGCUAGUGCAUCCUUUACAAUAGUUUAUCUCUAAACAUACUUUUUUUAAGUUAAAUAAAACUGUUUUUUUGUUGUAUCACA